GAAGGAAAGAGAUCGAGUCAAAUCUUUAUUGUUUUCUUUUUCCUUUUGGGCUCUCCAAACGCCACCCGGUGUUGCAGCGCAGCUGAGGACGAAUCUUAGCAUGUUGCGUAUGGGAAGAUCUUUAAAGCGCGAUCUCGGCUUACGUGCAGGCGCACGUUAGCAUCAUUCGUAUCACAAACAAUCCAACCUCCCCUUGAGCUUGUUAGCAGAGUUGGAGGAGAUGACUAACAAUUUGGUGUUGUUACUGUUUGUGAUCUGCCGCUUGCUAUCGACCGUCGGCCUGACGCUUGAGCCCGCCCAGCUACUCCAAUUCAGCAUGGAGGGCCAACUCAGUCUGGAGCCCUCCGACGUCGACCGUGCCUCGGUCGACUUUGGGGGCAUGACCAGGGCCGAGCCGAUGGCCGUCAUGCGCCCGGCCUCGGCUGGCGAUGUCGCCAGCCUGGUCCGGCUGGCCUACGGCUCCGCUCGCGGUUUCCCGGUCUCUGCCCGGGGCCAUGGCCACUCGAUCAAUGGCCAGGCCCGGGCACAAGGUGGCGUCGUGAUCGAGAUGAGCUACGACCGAGCCGUAGGCCACCGGGCGAGGUCCCACCCGGUGUACUCCCCAUCGCUUGGGGAGUACUAUGUGGACGUGUGGGGUGGGGAGCUGUGGAUCGAUAUCUUGAACUGGACACUAGAGAACGGCGGGCUUGCGCCCAAGUCGUGGACCGACUACCUCUAUCUUUCGGUGGGGGGAACCCUCUCGAAUGCUGGGAUAAGUGGGCAAGCCUUCCACCAUGGUCCCCAGAUAAGCAAUGUCUAUGAGGUUGAUGUGAUCACAGGCAAGGGGGAGAUCGUGACAUGUUCAGAAGAGCAGAAUUCGGAGCUAUUUCAUGGAGUUCUUGGUGGUUUAGGACAGUUUGGGAUUAUAACAAGAGCUAGACUAGCAUUGGAGCCUGCUCCCCAAAGGGUGAGAUGGAUUCGAGUGCUCUACUCCAAUUUCACAACAUUCACUCGAGACCAGGAGCUCCUCAUCUCCCUUCAUGGCACCCACCGGAGCGAGAGGUUCGACUACGUUGAAGGCUUCGUCAUCGUCGACGAGGGCCUCAUCAACAACUGGAGGUCCUCCUUCUUCUCCCCUCGAAACUCGGUCAAUAUCAGCUCCAUUGGAACCAACGGUGGUGUGCUCUACUGCUUGGAGAUGACUAAGAACUACGACGACUCCACUGCCGACUUCGUCGACCAGGAAGUAGAGGCUUUGCUGAAGAGGCUGGAGUUCAUACCGGCAUCCGUGUUCACGACCGACCUCCCCUACGUCGACUUCCUCGAUCGAGUCCACAAGGCUGAGCUCAAGCUCCGGGCCAAGGGGUUGUGGGAUGUGCCACACCCUUGGCUCAACCUCUUCGUUCCGGCAUCUCGCAUUGCCGACUUUGACCAUGGGGUCUUUCGUGGCAUCCUUGGGAACAAGACUAGUGGGCCCAUCCUCAUCUACCCUAUGAACAAGCACAAGUGGGAUGAGAGGAGCUCGGCGGUUACACCGGACGAGGAGGUGUUCUACCUGGUGGGCUUUCUGAGGUCAGCUCUGCCCUACUCGGGCGAGUCGACUCAGAGUCUGGAAUACCUUAGCCAACAAAACGAGAGGAUUCUAGCGUUCUGCGACGAGGCGGGCAUCGAGGUGAAGCAGUACCUACCACACCACUUGACUCGGGCCGAGUGGGCUCGGCACUUUGGGACCAAAUGGGACCGAUUCCUUAGGCUCAAGGCCGAGUUCGACCCCAAGGGCAUCCUUGGCUCAGGCCAAGGGAUCUUCCCACCUUCUUCCUCUCCUUUCUCCUCUUUGUUCCCCUCAUGAGCACUUCAUGACUCGCUAAGGCAGGCAUCAAGAAAAUGGAAAUGUAAAUGUCACUGCUAUGCUACUGUCUUUUUUUGAUGAUUUGCUAUUGCUACUUGCCAUCUAGGGGUAUUGGGUAGGGGAAAAUGCAUGGUUGGAUGGUUGCCUUUUGGGCAUUCAAUACACAGGACAAUGGAAAGGAGGAAGGAACAAAGGUGGAUACUAGAAAGAAGUAAGUGGUGGGGAACCCAUGGGGAUUGGACCACCGACCUAUAAGGGCUGGUGAGCUAUAGGGUGCUGGUCUCCCACCAUGGAAAAGCAGGGUCCAAUCAAGAGAGGGUUCGCAAGUUAGGAGUGUCCCAGCAUUUGUCUCCUAUAGAAAAUAAUGCCAUAUAUUGCUUUAUCAUGGUGUCCAUAUAUAGGUUUCUUGUACAUGAAAAAAUAAUUAGAAAAUGGAUAUUUAUUGGUCAUUAUUUUGC